CUUGAAUUGGAAUCUCGGGCUGUGCCAUCCCAACAAACUACGAAAUCCCUAGUAUCUAUUUCUGGAGGUCAGAAACGAGCGACACGAUGAUUCUAUCCAACGGCUUUCUUCUCGCUCCUCUCUACCUCAUGCUACUAAUGACAGGUCCAAGUGAGUCCCUCAGUCCUCCCGAGCUGGGACGAAGAGAUGCCAUAGCACAAGUUGCCGCCGCGACGGCUGGCGCUGCUGUCUUAGCGGUAAAGCCUUCGGAUGCGAAAGCUGUCGGAGAACCCUUGCCAAGCACCAUUAGUCCGAUCGUUCCAACAGAGAAUCCCCCACCAAUUCUCUCGGUUCCAAUCCCAGCGACUUCGGCGCCAACGCCAUCGGCAUCGCCUGGAACAAAGAUCCUUAACAUCCCGAGGGUGGGCUACUCAUUUUACAAGACGGCACCCGACAAAGCCGAAYGAUGYGCCGCAUUGGCCUUGCGAUCGGGCACCACACACUUGGAUCUUGCCACGCAAUACGAGUCGAAUGCCGAGAUUGGAAAAACAAUUCGAACAUAUCUGAAGAGCGGUCGAAAGAAAUUGGCGGUGGAUGAAAAGCCAGAACUCCUCGACCUAUUGGACGAGGCACAUCGGUACCAAACAACUCGAAUGGAGCUCGAGUACGGAAGGAAGAGAAAAGAAAACGCAAGACGCCGUCGAGAAAACCUAUUUAUAUCACACAAACUAUCAAACRAGGAACAAUCUACAGACCCGGACAAGAUUCGACAGGCCAUCUCGAUUGCAAUAGACGCGUUGGGGGUCGACUACCUGGAUAUGGUUUCGAUACACUCACCUUUGACAAGCUCGGAAACGCGUCUAGCUACUUAUAAGGCCCUUAUCAAUCUACAACAAGGAGGGGAUUCGUUGUCUCCCUUGAUUAGAUCCGUUGGUGUUUGCAACUACGGUGUAGGACCACUGAAGGAAAUAGCUGCAGCAGGCCUACCCUUGCCGGCUGUCAAUCAGCUGGAACUGAGCCCCUUCCAUACACAUUCGGACGUGGUUGAUUUCUGCGGCAAAAAUGGAAUAGCAGUUUCGUGUGCCGCGUGGUCGAAGUUGUCGGGUGCCAACGGUCCGAGCGAACAAUGGGAUGUUUUGUCCCGUGUCGCGAUGAACAAGAGGCUUACCAARGCCCAGGUUAUGGUCCGCUGGGCGCUCCAAAAGGGAUAUAUUUGUGUGCCAAGAUCCGGUUCGGGUUCAAAACUUGAACGAGUGGCAAUUGCAGAAAACUCGUAUGGUGGGGGACUGGUACUUAGGAACGGCAAGAUUCCAAUCAGUCCGGGUGGGAUCGAGGAUGCGAUGCUAACACCCGAGGAGAUGAAGAUUUUGGAUGGGCUGAAUCUCAACUACAAAGCCGGAAAGCUCGGUAGAACUGAUGGCUGGAGUGAAGCAGACAUGACUGGUCCAAACUGGGAUCCCACAGAAAUAUCAUGAUACAGUACUAGAUAGAGAAAAAACAAAAUCUUUGAAGCACCAACAAGAUAUUGUUUCCAUAGGUGAUUCUCAAAAACUCUCUGUUGUUUUUGUCUGCCCAAAGGGAUGUCAUGUUUCACCACUGCAUUUAAUUUUCUAGCAGAUAGCUAGUACUAGUUAGUUCAGAAGAGAAUUGCAGCUAAAAUUAACAGGCAAAUUUGGC